CAGGAGCUGCGCUAACCACCCAAAAGCUGGGAUUUUAUGAGCUGUGAGACAGCAGGAAAAACAGAACAUUAUCAAUGAUGUCAGAUCAUGGAAACCCUUGCAGUGCAGAGGAUGCCACCUACUGCAUGAAUGGAGGGACAUGUUAUAAAAUAUCUUCCAUGGACACACUUUCUUGUGUGUGCAACCCAAACUACAAAGGCAGCAGAUGUGAACAGUUCCAGCUCGGAGUCACACAGCCCAUUUCAGAUGAGGCUGGUUUAAUUGCAGCUGUGAUUGUCAUUACUCUCCUUAUCUUGAUAGUGCUGGGAUUUAUUGUCUACUACAUACGCAAGAUGCGAAAAGCGAAGGAACAGAGACAACAGAACCACAACCAAGAAUACUGGAAGGUACAAUCAAGAGCAUGAUCCUUCCUUCUGAUUUAAUUUGGUGGUGCAUUUGAUGGUUUCAGGAACGAAUUGUGAGAAGUGUCAUUUAUCUUGUCAUGCUAUCUGAGGUUUUGAAAAUGACUUUGAAAAAAGCUAAAAAAAAUGAAAAAAAAGGAGAGUGAAAAACUACUGCACUGACCUUAAAGGGCAAAUUGACGAGUGUCACACCACCAUUGCUCUGAUGUUAAAUCACAUUUCACCUUGUCAAAACAUAUUAAAGUGCAGUUUAAGUGUGACUUUUUAAAAUUUGUGGCAAUUGUGGGAUUAUAAACUAAGUUUCUGUAUGUUAUUAGAAAAUAUUUUGCAUUUGUAAAUAUAUUCCAUCAUUUUUUUUAAAUGAUUUGAAUGUGUGAUUUCUGGUGACAUGCCAUUACACACUCUUAUUUACUUGUGAGACGUUAACGCACUAGUAAUUCUUCCUCUUCAAUGCUUCAUUCCAAACCUCCACUCUUAACCUAAUCUCACAUCUAAUCACAUCUCUUAAAGUAUAAUUGCUCAUUGAGGUGUCCUGGACCAGUCAGUGAGAUCUCACUUUACAAAGAUGUCAGCACUUUGCAGUUUUUAAAACUUAAAACUGGAUCCCACAAUUCUGGACACAUGCAUGAACACACAUGCAUGUGUGUAGGGGGUCUGUAUAAUUCGCUUAUCCCAAGCUAUUCAUCGGUGUCCUUAAAUCUAACAAAAACAGGGGCACGGGUGAUCCCAGGAGUUUUAUGAGAAUGGUGUCACCAAAUUGGCUUCAAUUUGCUGCACAGAGGAGGAAAUCCAAACUUGUUGGACUGCAUUUCCCAUAGUUUGUAUUUGUUAACAAAUUAAAAAAAAUAAAUAAAUAAAUAAAAAAAAUGUGUGGGCAGAAACAACAUUGUAAAUGCUGACUGAAUGGUUUCACUUUAGAAUUCUUGCCAGCAUUAGGUCAGGACUGACACUGUGGCUGUUGAUAUUGGUAUUUUAAAAAUGCUACAGUGAAACCAUUAGAGAGCAAAAAAUAUGUAGUCAGUGUCCCCCCCCCUCUUUAAGGAAAUAUCUGUAUAUAGACAGCCCUAAAA